CUGACUUCGACCGCAAUGGAAAGGUAAAAAGAAAUUAGGAUUAGGAAAAAACCCUUAAACCCUACAAGUAAUAGCACCACCAUCUGGCGUUCUUUCCUCUUCAAUUACAGCAGAAGCGGCAGUUUCUCUGCACUCUGCUCGACAAUGGUAGGUCCACUGCUCCGCUCUCUCUGGUCCACCGCCGCCAGAAAGUCCCGCUCUUCGUCCUUCCACUCCUGCUCCGACUAUCUGAAGCCCCGCAGUGCGGGCUACACGAGGACCUUCUCCUCGAUUACUGCAGCUGCCACGGCGUCGUCCACUCCGGAUGCUGCCGGAGUCGCCGUGGAUCCUAGUCGGCUUCGGAAUGUCGCUGUAAUAGCUCAUGUUGAUCAUGGAAAGACCACACUCAUGGAUCGGCUCCUGCGCCAGUGUGGCGCCGAUAUUCCACACGAGCGAGCCCUAGACUCGAUCAGCCUCGAGCGCGAGCGCGGCAUCACCAUCGCCUCUAAGGUUACAUCUAUCUCGUGGAAAGAGCAUGAGCUAAAUAUGGUUGACACUCCUGGGCAUGCAGAUUUUGGUGGUGAGGUGGAACGGGUUGUGGGCAUGGUUGAAGGAGCAAUAUUAGUUGUUGAUGCUGGUGAAGGUCCUCUGGCACAGACAAAAUUUGUUCUUGCAAAGGCAUUAAAAUAUGGUCUACGUCCUCUACUUCUUCUAAAUAAAGUAGACCGACCUUCAGUUACUGAAGAAAGAUGCAAUGAAGUCGAGAGCCUGGUGUUCGAUCUAUUUGCUAAUCUUGGUGCCACAGAGGAGCAAUUAGAGUUUCCUGUUCUUUAUGCUUCUGCCAAGGAAGGAUGGGCUUCAUCCACUUAUACAAAAGAUCCUCCGGAUGAUUCGAAGAAUAUGUCUGAGUUGCUUGAUGCAAUCACCAGACACGUUCCUCCGCCAACUGCUAGUGUUGAUGCACCUUUUCAGAUGCUGGUAUCUAUGAUGGAAAGAGAUAAUUAUGUUGGACGGAUUCUAACUGGUCGUAUCCAUUCUGGGAUUGUCCGAGUUGGUGAUAAAGUGCAUGGACUUCAUAGUACAGAUUCUGGGGUCAUCAAAAUGGAAGAAGGGAAGGUUGUGAAACUGAUGAAAAAGAAGGGCACUUGUACCCUUUCAGUUGAUAGUGCUGGUGCUGGUGAUAUAGUAUCUAUGGCUGGGUUAACCUGUCCCGCAAUAGGGCACACAAUCUCAAAUGUCGAGGUCAUGACUGCUCUGCCUACUGUUGAACUCGACCCUCCAACCAUUUCCAUGACUUUUGGAGUGAAUGACUCGCCAUUGGCUGGUCGAGACGGUACUUAUUUGACUGGAAGGCAAAUUGGAGAUCGACUAAUGGCUGAAGCUGAAAGAAAUCUCGCAAUAAACGUGCUCCCUGGUAUGUCAGACUCUUAUGAAGUUCAAGGGAGGGGAGAGCUUCAAUUGGGCAUCUUAAUUGAGAACAUGAGGCGUGAAAAGUUUGAGCUUUCUGUUUCACCUCCUAAAGUCAUGUACAAAAAUGAGAAAGGACAAAAGCUGGAGCCAAUUGAAGAAGUGACUAUCGAGGUAAAUGAGGAGCAUGUGGGUUUAGUUAUGGAAGCUCUCUCUCACAGGCGAGGAGAGAUAACUGACAUGGGUCCUGUCCCUGGCAAUGUUGGCAGGACUAGACUUUGUCUGACUUGUCCUUCUAGGGGCUUGGUUGGUUAUAGAAGUGUGUUCAACAGUGUUACACGAGGCACUGGAUUUAUGCAUCGUGCAUUUCUGAAUUACGAGAAAUACCGAGGUCCUCUUGGAAAUGUCAGGAAAGGAGUCUUGGUUUCAAUGGGAUAUGGGACUAUCACUGCUCAUGCAUUGAUGAGUUUAGAAGCUCGUGGAAUACUUUUUGUCAAACCCGGAAUGGAGACUUAUGAUGGGAUGAUUAUUGGUGAACAUUCUCGAGAUACAGAUCUUGAUGUAAGUGUAAAGUAUUCUAAAUAUAGUCAUGAGUUGCUUUUUGUUAACCCCAAUUACUCCUUGCAGGUUAAUCCAGUUCGAACUAAGGAGCUGACAAAUGUACGUGCUGCCUCCAAGGACGAGAAUGUGAAGCUAACUCCUCCUCGCCUGAUGACUCUUGAGGAAGCAAUAGGAUACGUCGCCUCUGAUGAACUAAUUGAGGUUACUCCAAGUGCUAUUCGCUUAAGAAAGAGAUACCUGGAUGUUAAUAAGCGGAAAGUAAUGAGUAAGAAACCGAAGGAGUAAAUUCCUCAUGGUAUACAAUUUUGUGUUUUUAUACUUAUCCUUUUCCUGUCGACCAAUAUAGUCGUCUGCGGAUUUACUAUAGGCACUGUCGAGGUUUAAUACAUCAAAUAGUUAUAUCUGUAUGAUAUAUUGUUUUACCAGGUAGCUAUUCUGUUAAUUUUAUGAACAAAUAGAAAUAUAAGGAAUAAGAUAGGGAUUGAACUGCAAGCUUCUGCAGCUAUUUUUUGCCCACCCUCUUUGUAUGUAAACCUCAUUAGAGUUAUUAGAUAAAGAGAAGCUACUUUCAGUUGGAGACUAUCAGACUUCGUUUUCUGUUAAAAAAUAGAGUUUAUUUG